GUGUGCAUGUGGAUAGGAGUGUGUGUCCUGCUCCAGAGAGGCUGUGCUCAGACACAUCGCUCUGAAGAGGACAGCAGAAACUCUGAAGGAACGCACCAACUUUCAGGAGGAAACUGAAGAGCAGCUGUGCACGUCUUGAUCAGGAGCUUGAUUUGAGACGAGGGAUCUACAGAACGUGGAAUUUACAGUAGAUGUUCAGCCACAGCUGCAGAACGAAGAUUAUCAGUUACCACCGCUUUAUGAAAGUGGCGUGUGAAGUGAACAUCCAGACAGACCUAGAAGCAAGCUUACCAUGUUUCUGAACAGGAAUAAGACCUGCAAACCAAAGAAGAAUGAGAAAAGACAGCUGCUAUGGAAGGUGGCCCAGCAGACAAUGCCGUCCCACUGCAGAGAGCUCGUCCCCCAGCUGGCCUGGCAGGAGGAGGCCCGUGUUAAGGAAAUCGGAAGGAGAGAAUCACUGGAGCCAGCAGAGGAUCCCUCAGAGCUGGAGUCCAAGCGCACUGCAUUUGAACAGGCCGUGCAUGACCUCACCCACUCCGAGAGGGUGAUUAAUGACCUGACUUUCGGCCGGCGCAUCAGUUUCUAUGAGCUCCGUGGAGAGAUUGGCAGUGGGAACUUCUCCCAGGUCAAGCUGGGCAUCCAUGUCCUUACCAAAGAGCGAGUUGCUGUCAAAAUCUUGGACAAGGUGCGCCUGGACCGGCACUCUCAGAGACUGUUCUCCUCUGAGAUCGCCUGCAUGGAAAAACUGUCCCAUCCCAACAUCGUGCGCUUGUAUGAGGUGGUGGAGACCUUCAGAAGGCUGCACCUGGUGAUGGAGUAUGCUGCUGGUGGAGAGCUCUACACCAGGAUCUCCAGCAGGGGGCGACUAUCUGGUGUGGAGAGCAAAGUUGUGUUCUCUCAGAUUCUGUCUGCUGUCAGACACAUGCAUGACAACAACAUCAUCCACCGAGACCUGAAGGCUGAGAAUGUGUUCUACACCACCAGCUACAAUGUCAAAGUGGGUGACUUUGGCUUCAGCACCGAGUGCCAACCUGGACAGAUUCUGACCACCUUCUGUGGCUCGCCACCUUAUGCAGCUCCUGAGCUCUUCAAAGAGAAAGGUUACGUGGGACCCUUUGUGGAUCUCUGGGCUCUGGGUGUGCUGCUGUACUUCAUGGUCACAGCCGCGUUCCCCUUCAACGGGACCAGCCUCAGCAAACUUAAACUGUGUAUCCUUCAGGGUGUCUAUGCCAUUCCUUCAUACGUUCCUGACCCCUGCCAGAAUGUCAUCAGGGGCCUCCUGAGACAGGUGCCUGCUGACCGCUUCUCAUUGACCAAGGUCAUGUCCAGUAUCUGGCUGAAGGACAUCGAGUACCUGCAGCCAUAUUCUAAUGCCUUGACCACUCCAGAGCACUUUGCAGACCCUUCACGGGUGCUCAGUGCAGAAGAGCAGGCGGUCAAGGCAGCGCUGGAGGUGCUAGGCAUUACAGAGGUCCACCUAAAGAACAAUGCACAGCUGGACAGCCGGAGCCCUUUAACAGGGGUGUACCGCAUUGUCCUGCACCGCAUCCAAAGGAGGAGCACAGUGGAGGUAGUGGGGUACACCAGCCUGUAUCCCAAAGACUUCCAGUCCAGCUGGCAACGCUGGUCCCACCCAACUACGGCCUUCCAGAAAAAAGACCACUCUGCAGUGUGUUCCAUCUUGUGAAUACAGUGCAGGAAAUGAGUGUACUGUUUUCAGUCACAGGUCUGAAGAGCAACAGGCAUUGCAGAGUGGCACAUUGGAUGAUGACCUAAGUUUUAUGUUUUAUGGAUACAUAAAGUGACCACCCUUUUAUUCAUAGAAUUUCUAAAAUGAAGAAUUUCAAAACCAUUAAGUACAAGUUAUUCAGCAUCAGGAGAAAAGAACACAGAAUCCUCAAUAAUUACAUGUCUUUUAGUGUCUAGUGUGUCCACCCUUUCCCUUUAUCACUUAUCACAGCUUCCAUUCUUUUCAAGAGAC